UGUAGAUGUUGUUACAUAUAAUUUCAUACACAUGUAUGCACGUAUGGGUGGGUGGUCGAUCCCAUCACGUGAUACUCUCAUGACGAGUUCAAUGUCGAUAUAUGAACAUUUGAACGCAUCAGCAUGCAAGGUCCCAUACUUGCUGUGAACCAUAAGCUGCUGUGGCGUUGGUGAGGAGUCGCUCGGGGCUUUACGUCGCGCUCUGCUGAGUGGUCUCGCGUGUCUCCACGGGUUCUGCUCGAUACGAGAGGGGUGGGGGUACUUGAACGGAGAUCUUCGGUAGGGCAUUUUGGUACCUUCGGUAGGGGAAUUUUGUCACGUCUUGGCGAUCUGAAGCCAUGUUUUGAACAAAAAUUGGCUGGCCUGCGUAACGACACUAUUGUGGAGCUGGCUGUUUUGCUCUAUUUUGGUGUGUAGGAUCAUGCUCCCUGCGCGUAAUGAAAUUAAGGGUGAGGGUCCCGGCGCUGGUAUACACAUGAACCACCACCUCGCUUUUCUCGUUUUCUCUCCGUCGAAAGAUUUGGCUAAGAGACUGACGGAUUUCUUCCUCCGAUUGUCUGCUGGAACACCCAAACCACGAUAUUAUGACUAUAUCUAAGCGCCUGAUAUCGACCAUCUCAGUCAUACACCCAGAAAGGACGUCGAUAGCUCUACACUCGUAACCACCGCCUUGCUCACAUCAACACUAAGGACCAGGGCAUGCGCGCAGGUGGAUGCCAUCAACAAUACUCGAGGGGGUAAAAUGGCGUCCGAUCCCAGUCGAAUCCCAGGCUGAGGUCCUGGCCCCCAAAUUAGUGUUGCAUGAUUUUCAUCACAGGUUACACAACGGCACCGAUCCGAACUCGAGCCUGUGGACCGACGCCAC